UGAAUAAAAUUGAUAAGAUAAAAAACAUGCUAAAGCAAGAGUUAAUAAGACUUGCUGUAUAAGUAAUAUUUUCAAAUCAAAAUGUCACGUCAAUUAUUAAAUUUCUCAGUUAAAAAUUCCCAUAUAAUAUCAAGAAAUUUAUUGACAAAUUCAAAAUAUGGAUUUUUAAAAGAUCUAGGAAUUGAAUCUGUUAAUCCUGGUGUUUAUGAUGGUAAAUGGAGUGGCUCAGGCAAGAUCAUUGAUUCAAUAUCACCAUCAACUGGAGAAAUAAUAGCAAGUGUUUAUGAAACAACAAAAAAUGAAACAAUAAAUGUAAUAAAUAAUUCAAAUAAAUCAUGGAUUGAAUGGUCAUCAAUACCAGCACCAGCACGUGGUGAAAUUGUACGUCAAAUUGGUAAUGAAUUAAGGCAAAAUUUAAUUCCACUUGGUAAGCUAGUAUCACUUGAAAUGGGUAAAAUACUACAAGAAGGUAUUGGUGAGGUUCAAGAAUACAUUGACAUUUGUGAUUAUGCUGUUGGUUUAUCAAGAAUGUUACCUGGUUAUAUUUAUCCAUCUGAAAGGCUAAAUCAUGUAUUAUUAGAAAAAUGGAAUCCAAUUGGUGUUGUUGGUGUUAUAUCUGCAUUUAAUUUUCCAGUUGCUGUUUAUGGAUGGAAUAGUGCAAUUGCAAUGGUAUGUGGUAAUACUGUUGUAUGGAAAGGUUCACCAACAACACCACUUGUAUCAAUAGCAACAACGAAAAUAAUAUCAAAUGUUCUUGAAAAAAAUGGUAUAUCUGGUUCAGUUGCAUCACUUGUUACUGGUGGUGGUGAUAUUGGUGAUACACUUGUUGAUAAUAAAAAUGUAUCACUUGUUUCAUUUACUGGAAGUACCAAAGUUGGACAUCAAGUUGGAUUAAAAGUACAAAAUAGAUUUGGUAAAUUGUUACUUGAACUUGGUGGUAACAAUGCACUAAUUGUUGCAAAUGAUGCUGAUUUAGAAAUGUCAAUACGUGCUGCUGUAUUUUCAUGUAUUGGAACAGCUGGACAAAGAUGUACAACAACAAGACGUCUUAUUAUUCAUAAAAAUAUAAAAAAUGAAUUUCUAAAAAAGCUAAAAAUUUCAUUUAAAAGUAUACUUGAAAGAAUUGGUGAUCCAUUAGAUGAAAAAACACUUUAUGGACCACUUCAUAAUCAACAAGCAGUUGAUGCUUAUGAGGCAACAGUGAAAAAUGCAGUUGAAAAUGGUGGAACAAUUGAAUUUGGUGGUAAAAAAAUUAAUCGUCCUGGUUAUUAUGUUGAACCAACAAUAAUAACAAAUUUAAGUAUAGAUAAUAAAGUUGUUAAAAAUGAAACAUUUGCACCAAUUGUUUAUAUUUUUGAAUAUGAUACAAUUGAUGAUGCAAUUAUAAAAAAUAAUAUUGUUGAACAGGGUUUAAGUAGUUCAUUAUUUACUAAAAAUUUAUCAAAUAUAUUUAAGUGGAUUGGACCUCAUGGUUCAGAUUGUGGAAUUGUUAAUGUUAAUAUUGGCACAAGUGGUGCUGAAAUUGGUGGAGCAUUUGGUGGUGAAAAAACAACUGGUGGUGGUCGUGAAAGUGGCAGUGAUUCAUGGAAAAAUUAUAUGAGAAGAUCAACAAUAACAAUUAAUUAUGGUGAUCAACUUCCACUUGCACAAGGAAUUAAAUUUGAAUAA